AUGUUUGUCAAAUGGGUGAACUAUGAACUGACAUUUGGUUUCACAUCAGGCCCUGCGUGUGCUCCAUCAAUUUCAAUCACUUUCAUCAAUAUGGUAUUGUUCAAAGGUAUUGUUCCUCCAAAAGGUUGCGAUGAGUUCAUGUACAGUGGACAGAAAGGCUUGCAGAGGCUCUUUGUUCUUGCCCUACUGUGUGUGCCUUGGAUACUUCUUGCAAAACCCAAUGUUUCGAUAAUGAGGCACCGCAAAGCCCACCAACUGCCAUCCCGUACCUGCAGAGAAUGGCAUGGAUGCGGAGGUGGGAUCGAUGUCAGGGACAGCACACUAAGGACAGUAAAGAUGGGGCUCCCGUGCCACAGAGCAGUGAAGACCACGACCUGGGAGAAAUCUUCAUCCAUCAGGGCAUCCACACGAUGGAGUACGUGCUAGGCUCUCAUGCUGCCUUGUAUCUGUGACUUUGGGCACUGUCACUGGUGCAUGCCCGUUAAGUAUAAGUGGUUAUCUUUUACAUGUUUUUCAAAUAAUUUAUUGCACUAUGGCAAUAUAUUUUAAACAUAGAGUAGGAAAAAUUGUAUUCCAUAGAGGUGCCAC